CCUGUGGUUUCCUGACAGUAAAUAUAACAAGUAUGAAAACUACAUUUACAUAUGACUCAGAUAGGUGUAGUUUUCACAGUCACAGGAUUCAGGUUCUUCAUCAUGGCUGGACAUCUGCUGUUUGUCAUCCUCAUCUAUUUUUUUGAUGAUGUCAAAGCACAAGCCUUUAAUCUGCCAAAAGUGAUUCUGAGUAAAUGCCUGAUCACAGAGACAGACUCAGUCACACUGAGCUGUGAAGCUCCAUCAUCUAUUUCUGUGUCUCAGUGUGAUUUCUACAUUGCAAGUCAAAAAGUGUCUACAGGCUCCUCCUGUGUGCAGACACUAACAGGGACUAUGCUGCUGAGGAUGGCUCGAAAGACUUUACCUGCUGAGGUUGAAGUUAGAUGUGCUUAUGUUGCAAAGCAUGAUGGGUUUUAUUUAACAUCUCUUGACAGUGAACCAUCUACUAUCGCCAUAAAUGCCCUUCUUCCACCUAAACUGAAAGUGAGACCACAGGUGAUCACAGAGACAGACUCAGUCAUACUGGACUGUGAGACUCCACCAUCUGUUUCUAUAUCUGAUUGUUAUUUUCGCACUUCAGGACAACAACUUGCCAAAAAUUUUUCUUGUUUGCAGAAACUGAAUGGAUCUGAAAUGCUAUCACUUGCACAUCAAAGUGCACCUGUUACAUUAAAAGUGACCUGUUUUUACCUUUUUAUAUAUCAGUCUCCAAUGAGUAAUGUGUCUCCACUCACCAUAAGAUCUUUUCUCCAACCUACACUGACAGUAAGUAGAUCAGCUAUCACAGAGAUGGAUUCAGUCACACUGAACUGUGAGGCUCCAUCUUCGGUUUCAGAGUGUUAUUUCUACACUUUGAGUAAAGGAACUGUUAGAAAGUUGUCCUGUCUGACACAGCAGACAGCAACUGAACUUCUGGAGAUGGCCGGUCUCAGACCACCUGCAGAGAUUAAAGUGAGUUGUUCUUACACGCCCCAGACGGGAGGGUCAAACUCUUUGUACAGUGACUAUUCCUCCAUCAUCAUCCAAACUCCCCUUCCACCUAAACUCAUCAUUAAUCCACCAGUGAUCACAGAGACAGACUCAGUCACACUCAACUGUGAGACUCCUUCAUCUGUUUCUGUGCCUGAAUGUUAUUUCUACACUUUGAGUGGAGGGACGGUGAAAGGGUUUUCCUGUCUAACAACACUGACAGCAACCACGCUGCUGGAGAUGGCAAAUCUCAGGACACCUGCUGAAAUUAAAGUGAUCUGUUUUUACAUUGCACAACCUGGAGAGUUAAAGUCUCGGAACAGUAGCAUGUCAACCAUUACAGUACAAAGGGGAAAUCUAAAGGAUGGAAAAAGAACCAUGAAUUUAGUAACCAUCAUUCCUGGGGACAAAAGUGGUAUUCCUUACGUUUUUUAUGACACAACCUGGAGGGUCAGGCUCUCCAUACAGUAACCUAACCUUCAUUACUGUACAAAGUAAGUGUUUGCCACUCUUGUCCCAUCAUCAUUUUGUACUACUUUUGUGUAUUUACUACCGUUGCAGGAAUGCCCAUAAUGCCAACUUCAGAGAAAUGUGUAUCAGGUGAUGAAACUGUAAACUGAUUCUGAUACACUUUACGUAAAGUGAUGACACUUACGUAGAUUGCAGUAUGGUUUUUUUUUUGCAUUUCAGACAGACAGCAUGUGUAUAUACUCAUUUUUUCAGAUAACACACAUCCAAUGGAUCCGUCACCACAAGAUGAAAGAACAGGUAGACUGGCUAUGUUAACAAGCACAAUAGGUCAUAUAUUAUACCUGCUGACACAUAUAUCUCCCAUUCUACUUUUAAAUACUACAUAUU